AUGGCGGCUGGGCGCGGGCGCGCAGCCGCGGACGAGGUGGCCGAGUGGGAGGAGGAGCAGCCAGGUGAGGAGGAGGAAGGGCCAGGUGAGGAAGGAACCGGUGAAGAACCAGGUGAGGAGGAAGAUCCAGGUGAGGAGGAAGAUCCAGGUGAGGAGGAAGAUGCAGGUGAUGAUGAAGACCCAGGUGAUGAAGACCCAGGUGAUGAAGAUGCAGGUGAGGAGGAAGACCCAGGUGAGGAAGAUGCAGGUGAUGAUGAAGACCCAGGUGAUGAAGAUGCAGGUGAUGAUGAAGACCCAGGUGAUGAUGAAGACCCAGGUGAUGAAGAUGCAGGUGAAGGGAACCCAGGUGACGACGACGACGACCCCGAGCCAGGUGCGGCCCUCCAGGUGCGCCCCUCUCCAGGUGACCCCUCCACCUCCCGCCUCCGCCGGCCCCGCCUUUACCUGCGGCCACGCCCAGCCGCGGAAGAGCCCGGCCCCUCCCACCUGCAGGCGCCCUGGGACCACCCAGGCGCGCCGGGGGCCGCCUCACCUGAGCCAGGUGCGCCGGCCUUCGUGCAGCUCAUCGACGAGCGCGGCGUCUACUCCACGGCCAAGCUGGUGCUGGGCGGCCGCUCAGGUGCGCCAGGCGCGCCAGGUGAGGAGGAGGAGGAGGAGGAUGAGGAAGAGCGCCGAGCCCCGCCCGAGGAGGAAGAGGAGGAGGAGGAGGAAGAGCUCCCCGCUCACCUGGAGAUCCGCCAGGUGAUCGUGGCCGAGAAGCCCUUCCAGUGCCCCGUGUGCCACAAGGGCUUCAAGCGCACCUGGGAGCUGCUGAGCCACCAGGUGGUGCACACCGAGGCGCGGCCCUACACCUGCCACCUGUGCCGCGCCACCUUCAAGCGCCACUCGGACUUCAAGAGCCACGGGCUGGUGCACACGGAGGAGCGGCCGCACAGGUGCGACCUGUGCGGGAAGCGCUUCAAGCGCUCCUCCAACCUGCAGGAGCACCGCCGCAUCCACAGCGGCGAGCGCCCCUUCACCUGCCCCAGGUGCGCCAAGGGCUUCAAGACGCCCUACGAGCGCCAGCGCCACGCCCUGACCCACCUGGCGGCCGAGAAGCCCUUCAGGUGCGGCGAGUGCGGCAAGGAUUUCCCGGCGGCCAACGCGCUGCUGCUGCACCGGCGGCACAGGUGCCAGGACAAGCCGCACACCUGCGGCGUCUGCGGGAAGCGCUUCACCUACGGCCACUCCCUGAAGGUGCACGAGCGCGUGCACACGGGCGACCGGCCCUUCAGGUGCGCGCUCUGCGGCAAGGCCUUCAAGCAGAGCAACGCGCUGGCCUCGCACGAGCGUGUGCACACAGGUGAGCGCCCCUUCGCCUGCCGCACCUGCGGCAAGGCCUUCAAGCAGUCGUCCUACCUGGCCAUCCACCAGCGGGCGCACACGGGCGAGCGGCCCUACAGGUGCGAGGCGUGCGGCAAGGCGUUCGCCCGGCCCUCGCUGCUGCUGCAGCACCGGCGCGUGCACAGCCAGGUGAGGCCGCACCAGUGCAGCCACUGCCACAAGUUCUUCAAGGACCUGGCGUACCUGGCCGUGCACGAGAAGGUGCACACAGGUGAGACGCCCUACAAGUGCGGCGUGUGCGCCAAGGGCUUCGCGCACCCCUCCAACCUGCUGCAGCACCAGCGCGUGCACCGCGACACCUGAGCCGCGCGCCAGGUGAGCACCUGUGCUCACCCGGAAAGGUGCGGCGUCCUCGGCCGAGCGCCGUGGGCGGAGCCCCAGGUGAGAGGACUCGGUGGCUGUGAGCCCCGGCAGGUGUGGACCCCAAAAACGGAGUUUGGACCCCAAAACCGCAGCAGGAACACCUGGACUGCAACACCUGAACCUCAGGUGUGGGGACUCCAGAACUGCACACCUGGACAGGUGUGGGAACCCAAAAAUCUCCUAUGGAACCCCAAAACUGCAGCAGGAACACCUGGACUGCAACACCUGAGCCCCAGGUGUAGGAACCCCAGAACUGCACACCUGGACAGGUGUGGCCCCAGCACUCGCGGCCCCGCCAGGUGAGGCCGCACCAGUGCGGCCACUGCCACAAGUUCUUCAAGGACCUGGCGUACCUGGCCGUGCACGAGAAGGUGCACACAGGUGAGACGCCCUACAAGUGCGGCGUGUGCGCCAAGGGCUUCGCGCACCCCUCCAACCUGCUGCAGCACCAGCGCGUGCACCGCGACACCUGAGCCGCGCGCCAGGUGAGCACCUGUGCUCACCCGGAAAGGUGCGGCGUCCUCGGCCGAGCGCCGUGGGCGGAGCCCCAGGUGAGAGGACUCAGUAGCUGUGAGCCCCGGCAGGUGUGGAACUCAAAGGUGCAGCAGCAACACCUGGACUGUGUUACCUGAGCCCCAGGUGAGGGGACUCAUUACCUGUGAGCCUGGACAGGUGUGGACCCCAAAAAUGGAGUUUGGACCCCAAAACUGCAGCAGGAACACCUGGACUGCGACACCUGAGCCUCAGGUGAGGGGACUUCAGAGCUGCACACCUGGACAGGUGUGGACUCCAAAAAUCUGUGGACCCCAAAACCGCAGCAGGAACAGCUGGACUGCGACACCUGAGCUCCAGGUGAGGGGACUCAUUACCUGUGAGCCCGGGCAGGUGUGGACCCCAAAAAUGGAGUUUGGACCCCAAAACUGCAGCAGGAACACCUGGACUGCGACACCUGAGCCCCAGGUGAGGGGACUUCAGAACUGCACACCUGGACAGGUGUGGAACCCAAAAAUCUCCUGUGGAACCUAAAACUGCAGCAGGAACACCUGGACUGCAGCACCUGAGCCACAGGUGAGAGGACUCGGUGGCUGUGAGCCCGGACAGGUGUGGACCCCAAAAAUGGAGUUUGGACCCCAAAACUGCAGCAGGAACACCUGGACUGCAACACCUGAACCUCAGGUGUGGGAACCCCAGAACUGCACACCUGGACAGGUGUGGACCCCAAAAAUCUCCUGAAUGGAGCCUGGUGGGCUCCAGAACUGCAGCAGCAACACCUGGACUGCAACACCUGAGCCCCAGGUGAGGGGACUCAUUACCUGUGGGCCCGGACAGGUGUGGGAACCCAAAAAUCGCCUGUGGACCUCAAAAAGGUGCAGUAGGAACACCUGGACUGUGACACCUGAGCCCCAGGUGUGGGAAUUCCAGAACUGCACACCUGGACAGGUGUAGGAACCCCAGAACUGCACACCUGGACAGGUGUGGUCUCCACAAAUCUCCUAUGGAACCCAAAACUGCAGCAGGAACACCUGGACUGCAACACCUGAGCCCCAGGUGAGGGGAUCCUGACCAGGUGUGAACCCCAAAAUCUGCAGCACCUGAGGCACAAGUGAGGGGAUCCUGGCCAGGUGUGGACCCAAAAACUCUUCCUCAUCUGCACCUGAAGCACCUGAGCCCCAGGUGAGGGACUGCUGGACAGGUGUGAACCCCAGACUCUGCAGCACCUGAGGCACAGGUGAGGGGUCACACCUGAGCUGUGACGUCACCAACAGCGGACGAGGAACUGAGGGACCCCCACGGUUCACCUGUAGCCAGGUGUGACCCCAGCGCUGCGAGGACUCACCUGGGCACGCACCUGGGCACUCACCUGGGCACUCACCUGGGCCCAGGAUGGACUGGUGUGGAUUUGGGGAGCUCCAGGUGCACCUGGAUGGGACAGGUGCACACCUGGAUGGGGCAGGUGCACACCUGGAUGGGAUGGGUGCACACCUGGAUGGGACAGGUGCACACCUGGAUGGGACAGGUGCACACCUGGAUGAGGUGUGUGCACACCUGGAUGGGACAGGUGCACACCUGGGUGGGGCGGGGCCUUUCCAGGGCCUGGAUUUUCCCUCUUGGACAAUGGGACAGGGACAGCUCACCUGGGCACACCUGAGCACACCUGAGCUUACCUCAGCAUACCUGGGGCACACAUGAGCACACCUGGGCACACCUGAGAUCACCUGGGGCACACCUGAACACACCUGGGGCACACCUGAGCUCACCUGGACACACCUGGAACUCACAUGAACACACCUGAGCUGACCUGGGCACACCUGAUCAUACCUGGGGCACACCUGAGCUCACCUGGACACACCUGGGGCACACCUGAACACACCUGGGGCACACCUGAGCUCCUCUAGGGCACACCUGAACACACCUGGGCACUCCUGUCUCACCUGUCCCACCUUUCCGGGCGGUACCUGUAGCGCUGGGGGCGGGGCACACCUGGAUCGUUCAUUAAAGGAUCGUUAAUCGAUGA